AGCGAUUUCAGUUUGGCGACGGCAGCGCACAGGUGCCAUUCGGAAAGUGCGGACGUAGAAUGUUUGCCGGGGCUUCCAGUGGCAUUUUCACCUAUAAUUCCGCUGAAAUAUUUCGACUCGACGCCAGCGUUAGUAGCGCGUUUCGACGGAACACAGUGGCCAACAUCGUUUUCCAACACAAUAACCCCCCCCUCCUUGAGUCUUAACACAUUCCUUAUCAGUCACAACACACAACUCACUCAUUCUCUCUCUCUUUCUUUUAUCCUUUUGGUAGUCAGCCUUUUCUAACUGUUCCUAUCCCUCCUUUUACUGUCUAAUACGUCCUCUUUUCCAACGGUAAUCUUCAGCACUCUUUUUUCUUUACAUUAUUGUUUUUUCGAUAACCCUUUCUAACUGUUCCUGUCCUUCCUUUUUACUGUCUAGUACGUCCUCUUUUUUAACGGUAAUCUUCACCACUCUUCUCUCUUUCUAUUUUCGUUGCAUCGCCAGCCUUUCACUUUUAUCUCGUUGCUUACGUUUCCCAUUCUCCUUUUCUACCAUUUCUACAUGGAAUUCUCCUUUUAAGCACCUCUUCGUAAUGCAGUUAUAUAGAAAAUUCUUUCCAUUUUCUGCAUUGCUAAUAACACCACUUCCAACACUUUCCCCAUAAUUCCCCAUCUUUCUUAUCACCGAUCCAAGAGCACUCUUUUCCAUAUCCGCAUAUCAUCCUUGGUGUUCUCUCAACGAAUCUCACUGCUAUUUCAUUAGUCCUAACUCUUUUCAACCUAAUAUAUAACUAACCCUUUUCAACCUGAUAUACAACCAACUCGCUUCAACCUGACACAUACCUGUACCCAAUCCCCCGCCAUCUCUCCCCGCGAUCCAGCCAAGCCAUCCAUGUGAGAUGAGUGCGUGCGACGGCGGUACGGGAACGGUUUCGCGAACGUCUGACGCCCCCGCUUUCCAAUUCGAUGUCAUGCCAAAGAUAACGACGUCGCCAUCGGCGUUGGCGUCUGCGUCGACGUCGACGUCGCUGUCGUCGAAAGCGUCGGCGGCAGCGAGGGCGAAAACGACGAAAACGUAUACGAAUGCGAAAGCAACAACAACGACAACAACAACAGCAGCAACAACGACAGCAGCAACAACAACGACAGCAACAACAACAGCAACAACGACAACGAGGAGAACGGUUAAAAUUGAAAAUAAAUGGACGGCGGCAGAGGCAACGGCGUUCAGUUAUCAGCGGACAGCGGAGCAGAUUGGAGCUAGUGCCAGAGCCAGCGCCAGAAGCAGAACCAAAGCAGACACAACCACAGCUACAGCUAGAGCUAGAGCUAGAGCAACCCCAACGGCGAGCACAUCCAUAUCCACAUCCACAUCCACGCAGCCAAGUGGUGGGAGCAAUCCAUGUGAAGAGGCAUCCAUCUCCGCCGAGUUGGCCCUUCGCAAGGCGCAAUUGAGGUCGCAGUUUUUCGGCAACCAAGUGGGUGGACCGGAACGCAGAAGCAACAAGACCAGCAGCAGCAACACUACUAGCACCAGCACCACCACUAGAACCAGCACCACCACUAGAACCAGCACCACCACUUACCGCACUGCUUAUCCCAGCUGCAAGACGGAACGAGGCAAGCCGGUGCAACAGCUGAUCGAUCAGUUCCAGGCCAUGAUUGUCCAGCAGCAGCAGCAGCAGCAACAGGCGGAGGAGCCAAAGACGCUGCCCGGAGCCACUGCAUCCAAUUCGGAUGAGGGCUGCAAUGUCACCGGUGGCGGAUUGAGUCCGUAUAGCAGCGACAAUGAGGAUAACAGCCUAUCGCCAAGGCAGCGCAAAAUGAAGGUGACACGCUGUGCCAGCAGUGAUUCCGCCCUCGGUCUGGAUGUGGACGAUGGCGGCAUGGAUGUACCUGUGCCGACACAACGACGGAUGACGCUAACCGUUACGGAUUUACCCCUGCGACCGGCACUACUGCCACUGGCCGAACCCACAGCCCUGCCAGACUCACCACUGACAUCGCCCACCGGCGGUGGCAAUGCGAGCGUGGGUGUGCCCACCAAGGUGCUGCUCGAGGAGCGAGUGGUGGCCGCUCCGGGAUCGCGACGUGAGUCCACACAGAGCUCGUACAGCGAACUGGGCGUCAGUGGCAGUGGACUGCCGCUGGGCGUGCGCUAUGUGCGCACCCCAUCCGUGGUGGUCAGCGACUAUUCGGAUGACAUAACCGCCUGCGGCAUCAGCAUGGAGGAGAUGGAAUACUUUCGCCUGCAGCGGGCGCGUGGCCAGCGUCGUUGUUCCCUGGAGGCGGGACAUCACAGUCACAGCGCUGGACAUGGCGCACAUGGACACGGUGGCACGGGAACGGGUGCGGGCAUGUCGCCGGGUUGUGGCAAGGAUGAUGGCCAGUCGGAUGUCAGUGCGGCGAGCAGUUGCAGUAACCUUUACUAUUGUGGAUCCACCAUUUCGGCCCUGGAUGGUGGCGAGUGCAUCGUGAAUGGUGUCCGUGUGGCGCUCGCCCGGAAGAGCAGCACCCAGAGCAGCAGUCUCAGCGAUGAGGAGCAGGAGGAGGAGGAGGAUGAGGAGGAGUAUGACGUGGAUAAGGAGGAUGACGUGGAUCGUGAUGAUGAUGAGCAGGAGGAGCGCGAUGCGGAGGAGCUGCGGCAGGAGGACUACGAGCGGGGGGAUCGCGAACGUGAGAGGGAGCGCCAGAUCAGCGAACUUAUGGCCGCCACGCAGCUUGGUGAUCGUCAGCGGGAUCGAUCCAAGAAGAGCUCCGGCUGGCGAAAGAUCCGCAACAUCGUGCAGUGGACGCCCUUCUUCCAGACGUACAAGAAGCAGCGCUAUCCAUGGGUCCAACUGGCCGGACACCAGGGCAACUUCAAGGCCGGUCCCGAGCCGGGCACCGUGCUCAAGAAGCUCUGCCCCAAGGAGGAGGAGUGCUUCCAGAUCCUCAUGCACGAUCUGCUGCGCCCCUAUGUGCCCGUCUACAAGGGUCAGGUGACCAGCGAGGAUGGCGAACUUUAUUUGCAGCUGCAGGAUCUGCUCAGUGACUAUGUGCAGCCGUGCGUGAUGGACUGCAAGGUGGGCGUGCGCACCUAUCUGGAGGAGGAGCUGUCCAAGGCGAAGGAGAAGCCCAAGCUGCGCAAGGACAUGUACGACAAGAUGAUCCAGAUCGAUAGCCACGCCCCCACCGCCGAGGAGCACGCGGCCAAGGCGGUGACCAAGCCACGCUAUAUGGUCUGGCGUGAGACCAUCUCCAGCACGGCCACGCUGGGAUUCCGCAUCGAGGGCAUCAAGAAGAGCGAUGGCACCAGUUCCAAAGAUUUCAAAACGACGAAGUCACGCGAACAAAUCAAGUUGGCCUUUCUCGAGUUCCUCAGCGGUCAUCCACAUAUUUUGCCGCGCUACAUACAGCGUUUGCGAGCCAUAAGGGCCACGCUGGCGGUAUCGGAAUUCUUCCAGACCCACGAGGUCAUCGGCAGCUCCCUGCUCUUCGUCCACGACCAGACCCACGCCAGCAUUUGGCUGAUUGACUUCGCCAAGACGGUGGAGCUGCCGCCGCAGCUGCGUAUCGAUCACUACUCCGCCUGGAAAGUGGGCAACCACGAGGAUGGCUAUCUCAUCGGUAUCAACAAUCUCAUUGAUAUCUUUGUGGAGCUGCACGCAUCCAUGGAGGCGAAGGCAAAAGCGGAGGCCAUUCAGUCACCCGUUUCUAGCGAAGAUCCAGCCGAGGCGACGGAGGAAGGCAAAGCAUCCUGAUGGGAUGAUAUCUAUAUCCAUACGUUUCUACACGGGGGUUUUUGGGGCUGAGCCCCAAAAGACAAAGACAUUUCCAAUUUCCGAAUCGAAAUAAUCCCCAAUUCCUAGGCUAAGUUAUACAUUUUUUUUGUUUUUUUUUUUUGCUAACAGUUUGCGUACAUUUAACCCCUUAAGUUUAAAAUCAAAGACUGAAAUCACAAUAUGCAUACACAUAUUUUUACUAUAUACGAUAUACGAUAUACGCCUACAUAUAUAGGAGAUAUAUAGCCUGGCAUAUAUAUAUGAGCUGCUGCUGUAGUGUAAUUUAUUUAUCCAAAACAAAUAAACAAAAAUUCACGUUUGGCGAGUCCUAGCAAGACCCGUAUAGUUGGAGAUAAUCCCCACAAGGCAGUUAACACUGUCGAUCGUAACGAUACGAAAAGUAACUAAGAAGUGAACACCCAACAAGAACUUAGACUACGUUUUUAAUAUAAUGGUUAUGCGACUACCUACUAAAUACUACUAAUUGUGCACUAUUAAAUUCAGUUAAACCAGAAA